AUGGACAGCGACCUCCUGCCCCGCUUGGACGUUGCAAGUUUCCAGAGCCUCUGGCAACGCUUCGACGCUGACGACAAUGGCUACAUAGAAGGAAAAGAGCUUGAUAACUUUUUCUGUCAUCUGCUUGAGAUCCUGGGCAGUAAAAGCACCAUUACAGAAGAAGAGCUUCAGAGGGUGAAAAAACAAUUAAUGUCAACCUUCAGUGUGACUGAUGAUGGACGCUUACAAAUACAAGAGCUUGCAAAUAUGAUUUUGACUGAGGAAGACAACUUUCUGCUACUUUUCCAAAGAGAAACUCCUUUGAAUAACAGUGUGGAGUUCAUGCGGAUUUGGCGUCAUUAUGAUGCUGACAGCAGUGGCUUUAUUUCAGCCGGUGAACUCCGAGACUUUCUGCAAGAUCUGUUUCGGCAGCAUGGAAAAAACGUUUCCGAGGCAAAACUGCAAGAAUAUACUGAUACCAUGAUGAAGCUCUUUGACAAAAAUAAAGAUGGCCGGCUGGAUCUGAAUGACCUCGCAAGGAUUUUAGCUCUUCAGGAAAAUUUUCUCCUUCAAUUUAAACUGGAUGCUUCGAGUGCAGAAGAAAGAAAAAGAGAUUUUGAGAAAAUCUUUGCACACUAUGAUGUUAGUAAGACAGGAGCUCUUGAAGGUCCAGAAGUUGAUGGGUUUGUAAAAGAUAUGAUGGAACUUGUCAAGCCCAGCAUUACUGGUACAGAUUUGGAUAAAUUCCGAGAGAUCCUGCUUCAUCAUUGUGAUGUGAACAAGGAUGGAAAAAUUCAAAAAUCUGAACUUGCCUUAUGUCUGGGAAUUAAAAUUACCCCAUAG